AUGCUUGAAGAACUAUUAAUUCAUAAGCCAGAUGAUCCCAUUCAGUUUAUGAUAAACCAUUUAAAGCAAAACAACGACGAUGCUCCAAGAAUUUGUGUACUGGGUCCACCUGCUUCUGGGAAAACUACAGUUGCAAUGUGGCUUUGUAAACAUUUGGAUGCCAUACGUAUCUCUCAGGAGACUUUGUUAUUCAAGGAAAUAUUAGCGCUGACAAAGGAAGCAAAGGCAUAUAAAGAAAGAAAAGAGGAAAUUCCCAACACGCUUUGGGCCAAUCUGAUCCAGGAACGUCUGUCAAACGUGGACUGCAUCAAACAAGGAUGGAUUUUGGAAGGCUUCCCUGAAAAUCAGGAACAGGCAUGGAUGCUGCAGUCAUCUGGCAUCAUUCCUAGGCAUGUUGUUGUGCUUUAUGCUCCAGACACUGUGCUGAUUGAGAGGAACAGUGGGAAAAGGCUUGACCCCUUCACAGAAGAGGUGUACCAUACGACCUUCGACUGGCCAAGUGAUCCACUGGUACAGCAACGCUUGGUGAAACCAGAAGAUCUAUCUGAACAGGAGAUGUCAAAGAAACUGCUGAAAUAUCACAGAAACUUCCCUGGAGUUUUCCAGAUCUACCAAAAAGUUUUGAAAUCGAUCAAUGCAGACCAGCCUUCCAUGGAUGUCCUCUCACAGGUUCUUACCUAUGUCCAAACACGGCACCGAUCAGCUGCCCCCUUUACACCACGGAUUCUCUUUUGUGGACCCCCAGGCAGUGGGAAGAGCCUGCAGGCAGCACUAAUAGCUCAGAAAUACGGUGUUGUCAACAUUUGCUGUGGGCAACUGCUAAAGGAAGCUGUUGCAGACAAGACAAAACUUGGAGAACUCAUUAAGCCUUAUAUUGACAAUGGAUACCCAGUCCCAGACAACCUUGUUACGAAGAUCCUGGCGGAACGCCUGAACGCACUGGACUGCAUGACCAAUGGGUGGGUGCUUUAUGGCUUCCCAAGAGACAUAGAGCAGGGAGAACAGCUGCAAAAAUCGCAUUUUAGUCCAAACAGGGUAUUUUUCUUUAAUCUCCCCUAUGAAUCCAUCAUGGAACGACUGUCUCAACGGAGGAUUGAUCCCGUCACUGGGGAAAGAUACCACGCUACGUUCAGACCAGCACCCACACCGGAGAUCCAAGCCCGGCUCAGGCAGAACCCUAGAGACAAGGAAGAAAAUAUUGAGAAGCGCGUGGAAACCUAUUACAGGAACAUCAAGGAACUGGAGGAUUUUUAUGAAGAUGCCUUUUAUGUCAAUGCUGACCAAGACCCUCAUGUUGUCUUUGAGUUUAUAGAAAGCUGUAUCAUUAAGCCCCUUCCAUGCAAAAAAUUAAAAAGCCGGUCACUGACGUGGCAGGUUAUCGCACGUGAAGAGGAGGUCCCGCAAGCUCUCUUAAAUCUGAAGCUCAGCAAGGCUGAGUGA